AUGUUAUUCACUGAUGAACACAAGAAAUUAACCAAAGAUGCAGAGAACUGGAUGAAAAGCACAGCAGGAUCAAGCAUGAUAGUAGGCACUCUAAUUGCUGCUGUAAUGUUCACAACAGCUUUCACAGUACCAGGUGGUAAUAAAGAAAACUCAGGAUUGCCAACAAUGCUAGAAACUCAAAGAACUCCAUUCUUGAUUUUCAUGAUUUCAAAUGCCUUGUCAAUGUUCAGUUCGAGUACGUCGCUGUUGAUGUUCUUAGGAAUUCAUACGGCGCGUUAUGCAGAAGAAGAUUUUCUCAAGUCUUUACCGACGAAAUUAAUAUUUGGAUUGACAUGUUUGUUCUUUUCGAUCGUUACGAUGAUGGCAUCCUUUGGUUCUGUAUUGUAUCUGAUUCUACAUGAGAAGUUGUCUUGGGUUACCACUCCGAUCAUCAUCCUUUCAACGAUUCCGAUAGUUCUUUUCUCCAUCUUGCAGUUCCCUCUCUUGAUUGAGAUGACAUAUCAGACUUAUGGAUCUGGGAUAUUUGAUAAACCUAAGAAGAAAUCCUAUUUUGCUAAGUUCCCAGCAUGUUUGGUUUGGUGGUGGAAUAAAUAG